AGCAACCAUUGCUCUACAACAAUGAUUUACAUUAUCCUUACGCGAGGACAUCGUGAUCGGUCGGAAAACAAGCAGUUACAUCGUGAUAAUAAUUAAUUUCAAGUUUUAAGUCUCUAAAUACCCGUCUAAAUCUAAUCAGUUUCUUCUACAAUAUAACCAAUCCAUGUGUAACGUGUAAAUGUGCAAGGAAAGUGUAGAUUUAGCACGUGUGGCGCAAUAGACGCUUUAGGCAGUCAAAAUGGGUGACCCAGAUCCUGCCAUCAUUAAGAAGACCCAAACCUUGCUGAGGAAAUACGUGAAAAAGCCGGCCCUGACGGAUAAGUUGUUGAAGAAACCUCCGUUCCGGUUCCUCCACGACAUCAUCAAUGUGGUCAUCAAGGACACUGGAUUCUUGAGCGGGUUGUACACACCAGACGAGCUGAUAUCGGAUAACAUCAAGGAUCGGGAUGCGAAGAUUGCCUAUCUGCAGAAGUUGAUUGACGUUACCAAAUCCGUAACAGGGCAAGAGUUGAAAGUACGCCCUUCAAAGGUCGUUGCCGGUCUUGAGGCGGACAAAACGAAUGAACUUCUGCAGGCAAUUGGCACUGCACUGGACAAGAAAUUGGAUAGCUCGAGUGCUAUUCAAGCCUACGUGAAAGGAACAGUAGCAGGCACUAGCAAUGGUAACAAUGAACCGAUAACAUCGAACGGAGUAAAACCCAAAGAUGAUAAGAAGAAAGAAGAGAAAAAGAAGGAAAAGGAUAAGGAAAAAGUUAAAGAUAAAGAAACUGAUAAAGUCAAGGAGAGAGAUAAAGACAAGGAUAAAGUGAAAAUAAAAGACAAAGAGCGAACGAAACGUGGCAGUGAUGCAGUUGAGACGAAAAAAGAAGAUACAAGAAUCAAAAAGGAAAAGCCCGAAAAGGCAAGUAAAACUAAGGAAAAGGACAAAACAACCAGCUCUAACAAGGUGGAAAAAUCUAAAGUUAGCAAACCAGACACCAAGUCGACCAACGAUAGGAAGAAGCUAGAAAAACAAAAAUCUAAAGAAAAGGAGAAACCUUUGAAACGAUCGGAGUCGAUUAAAGAAGAACCUUCUUCAACGAAUGGAAAGCCAUCGUUGAACAAUAUCGCCGAAUCAAGUAUGGAAAAUGAUAGCAAAGACUCACAGAAAGACACACAAGAAGUCCCGGAAGCGAACAGGAAAAAAUCUCCUGCCACUGUCGAGGAUGAAUUGGUUGCCAUAAUAGACGAAGAAGCAGAACUACGACGGGCGGAGAAAAACUCCAGUCGCAGAUCAUCACUCAAAAAACAGGGAAGUUUAACACAUAGCGAAAACAAUGCUCUGGCAGACCUGAAUCAAUACAAUGGCCUAGAAAUCCAGGGUCCAAGCCGACAGAACAGUGGAAUCAUGGGGGAGCCUAUCACUAGACACGAUUCGGACCCAGUAGAACCCAUCGCGAGUGAGCGGAUAUCGGUCAAGCCACCAAUAAAUCGUCAGCAAUCAGUGGAUAGCGUAAUGCGACCAAGAACCAGCCUGCGGCCGCCAAGUGUUCGACCACCUUCCGCCCGACCUGGAGCUCCACGGCGAAAGGAGAAAAACGUUGAAAUUGUGCUGCAACCUAACGAAACGACCAAGCUGGGUGAGAUCAACGUCAAAAUGGAGGUGUUCAACAACGAGCUGCUGGACGACGAUGGUGAAAAUCUGAUUGUCAUUGAAGAUCCCACUCAGGCUGGCGAUGUGUACAGCGGAACACCAACGGAUGCUACUGAGGUCAAAGAAGAACAAGAACAGGGUCACUUGGUGCAACAGAUUCUCGAGACGCAAAAGGAGUUCUCGAACAUAGCAGGACCGGAAGCAAAUGUGGAGGUUCCUAAGAAGCCGGAUAACGAAUGGACCACCAGCCAGAGACAAUCGUCGGUGAAACAAAUGGAGACGCUACGCGAGUCCAUUCAGAAGUUGACUCGUUCCGUGAAUCCUCUAGGAAAGCUGAUGGAUUUCAUCCAGGAGGACAUUGACUCCAUGGAACGUGAGUUAACCAACUGGCAGCAAAUUUAUUCGAGAGCAGUUGUUGAUCUGAAUAAGGAGCGAAGUGCGAACGAGAAUGCAAUCGAACCGUUGAAACAUCAGCUGGCCCAGAUUGAAACGAACAUCAAGGAGUAUCGGGACAUGGUGGAUGCGACGAGGGGCAACAUUCUUCAGAACGAGCAAAAGAUUGAGAGAUUGUACAUGACGGAGAUUUAGGGUCGAUUUCAUUUUUCAAGUGUUGUGUUUUUUACGGUUUAUAAAUUUUAUAUGAAUCAAAUGUAGCUAGUAUAGAUUCGUGGUUCAGUUUGUAGAAUUAUUACAUAACUAGAUUAUUUCCAUCAAAUUCAUAUGAAACAUGUCAUAUCUCUUCAAACUGAGCCAGCAUUUCCAAAUGUGACUAAAACAUACAUCAGAUACUAAACUAAACAAGAAGCAAGAUUGUUAAAAAAUUGAUAAAAAUAAAUAUGAUCACACAAAA